AUGGACAAAGGCGCAGCGCAAAUUGCACAGCUUCCCAAAAGAGCAGACAGUCACGCGGACGACAUUGCCAAGGUACCCGACGAGGAGCUGCUCCUGUGGAGUAAAGACGAGCUAGUGAGACGGUUGCGCAGGACCGAAGCGGAGAAGCGAGGCGUCAUCGUGGAGCACGGAAACCUGAUGCGAGAAGUCAACAGAAGGCUCCAACAACACCUUCAUGAGAUCCGGAGUUUGAAGGAUGUCAACCAGAAAUUGCAAGAAGAUAACCAGGAGCUCCGGGACUUGUGCUGCUUCCUGGAUGAUGACCGACAGAAAGAGAAACGGGUGACACGUGAGUGGCAGCGGCUGGGCCGCUACAGCAGUGGUCUGAUGAGAAAGGAGGUGGCCAUCUACUUGCAAAAGCUGAAGGAGUUGGAGCAGCGGCAGACUGAUGUCAUACAAGAUAAUCUGGAGCUGAAGGAGGUGUGCCUUAUGCUGGAAGACGAGAGGGCUGCAGCUGUUUCAUUAGGGAAUUGUGGAGGUGGGCAAGAGGGGCCUGGCCGCAGGACAUCCAUUGACAGUCACAGCAGUCUGUCACAGCUGGGUUGUGGUUUACCUGCACCUGGCCUGCUACGUGAUGUUGGUGAUGGGAGCAGCACCUCCAGUGCAGGAAGCACAGACAGCCCUGAUAUUGCCCAGCAUAAACCCUUACCUGUGGGUUCCAGUGCGAGUCCUGGAUCAAGAUCUGCCUCCUUGAAACCUUCCUACAUACUGGAAGACAUGUGCGAUUCCUCAGGCAGGAGGCACAGCUCUACUCCAGAAUACCACACCUUCCCCCAGCCAUGCCGCUCACGAGGAGGUUCCCUUACGAACGUGGACCCGCAAAGCUUUGGAGGAGGCGGAGAAAAACAAAAAUCUCCCAACAGGCAACCACACGACCCACACCGCAAGGCCUUCAGCUCUGACUUACUUGCCCAGAAGCAGUUGUUAAUUUUAGCGCAAGUAUCACCAGGGUGUGGGAAGGGCAUGGCCAAGUCCAGUCCAGAGUUGAGCCAAAGGCACCUUCCAGAUAACACCAUCGAGGCAAGCAGCGGUAGCCCUGAAAUAAAGAAAACAGUACCGGGAACACCUGAGCAUCAACGAAAAGAGCGAGUGAUAGUAGGGAGUCCAGAGUCCAUACGACACCACCAUCACUAUCAGAUGAGUCCUGAGCUGGAAUAUAACAAGGGUGGGAAUAACAGAUGUUCUCCAAAACGAGAUGGGAUUGACAGGAGGGCGGCUAGAGAAGAACUCCCUCACCACCAUCAGAGUCUGUACAACGUUCUGAUAUCUGCUGGCUGCUGCAGUAACUCCUGUGGGAGUAUGAAGCUUUGGGACAGCUUUGAUUGCGCCUGA